AUGCCUCCCGUCCGCACGCAUCAACAGAUCCCAAACAAGGCGUUCAAGCCUCCGAGCAGAGUAGGCGCACCCUCGGUCUCAAAGGCGCCUCCCGCUCGACCGACUGCCACAGUCGCCAAACCUGCAGGCGCAGCCAGCAAAACCACCACCAACACCUCUGCACGCCCAGGUUUCAAGCCCGCCACUAGCAUCGUGUCGUCGCCGGAGAUCUCCGACAUCGAAGACGCCGACGCGUCCUCGCACGCCGCCUCGAAGCACGACGACAUCGAAGACGAAGACGACAAAAUGAACGAUUCUUCGGACGACAGCAGCGACGUGUUCGAAACCACCGCUGCAGAGCACAAGCACGCUCAUCGACCACGGCAGGAGCACACGCACCAGCAAAAGCAACAAAGGCGUCCAAGCGAAGCCACCGCCGCACCUGCAGGCGCGGGCGCGGCUGUGCCGCCGGCCUCGCAGGACGCGCCCACGGUCGCGCCGCCCAUACCUGCGAAGCUGCUGAACAAGCUGCUGCACGAGGGCUUCGAGGACGAGGAGAUGCGCAUCGGGCGCGAGGCCAUGGCGGUGGCGGGGAAAUACGUUGAGACGUUUGUGCGCGAAGCGCUGGCCCGGGCCAUGUUUGAGCGCAGGGACGUGGAGAGCGAGAUGGGCGAGCGCGGCGACGGGUUCCUGCAAGUGGAGGACCUUGAAAGACUGGCGCCGCAGCUGCUGCUCGACUUUUAG